GACAGUUACCAGUACCAGCUGCAGUCCAUGUGGCAAAAGUGCUGGAACACUAACCAGAGUCUCGUUCACAACCUGCGGUUCAGAGAGCGCGGUCCGCUCAAGUCGUGGAGACCGGAAACGAUGGCCGAGGCCAUACUGUCCGUGCUCAAGGAGGGACUGUCGCUGUCACAGGCCGCCCGCAAGUACGACAUACCGUAUCCGACUUUCGUGCUGUACGCCAACCGGGUGCACAACUUGCUCGGUCCUUCCGCUGACGGUGGCGCAGACUUAAGGCCUAAAGGCAGAGGACGUCCUCAAAGGAUAUUGUUAGGAUUUUGGCCAGAAGAUCACAUUCAAAAUGUAAUCAGGACUGUUGUGUUCAGAGACGCACAAAACAUCAAAGAAGAAGCAUUACACCUUUACCCAAGAAUACCG